GGCAUUUUUAAAGUGAUCAUGUGCUAGGCAGAAGAUGAAGGUUUUCAAGUAAGGCUCUGUACAACCGAAGCCCGAGGAGGAGGGGGAGCAAAAGUUACUUGGAUGGAGCCCAGAACAUGUGAUAAUCAGAUUACUGAAAAAGUGUAUGUAUGUGCGUCUGUGUGUGUGAGGCAAAGAUGGGAAAGGAUAUUGAAUGAUGUACAGAAAAGAAAUGCAUGGGGAAAACUUCUCCGGACUGCAAUAAGGAUAGUAACCUGCUUGUUGCCAGUUGACUAAACAACUGGUUUGUAAGUCUUCUACUGCUGCAGAGAGAAUGUGUCUUUUCUCCAUCGGCAUCUUCUUGGGUCUUCUUCCUCUAGGAUUGAGCCAGUUCCCACGGGCAUGUGCCAAUUCGGACAGUCUCUUAAAAAAGGAAUGCUGCCCCCCUUGGCCGGGGGAUGGGUCUCCUUGUGGAGAGCUUUCCGGCAGGGGAUCCUGUUCAGAAAUACUUCUUUCAGAUGCCCCACUUGGUCCUCAGUUUCCCUUCUCUGGAGUGGACGACAGAGAAGAUUGGCCAGCUGUUUUUUAUAACAGAACUUGCCAAUGCACAGGCAACUUCAUGGGGUUCAACUGCGGCGAUUGCAAGUUCAACUUUGCAGGUCCCAACUGCACCGAAAGAAAGUCACGGGUGAGGAGAGAUAUCUUUCGGAUCAGUGCCAGGGAAAAGUACCAGUUUCUUGCCUACCUCAACUUGGCCAAGCACACAACUAGCCGGGAUUUUGUCAUUGCAACGGGAACGUAUGCCCAGAUGAACAACGGCUCAAUCCCUAUGUUCCAAGACAUCAAUGUCUAUGACCUGUUUGUCUGGAUGCAUUACUAUGUGUCCCGGGAUACUCUCCUUGGAGGCACCAGCGUGUGGCGGGACAUUGAUUUUGCCCAUGAGGCCCCAGGUUUCCUUCCUUGGCACCGGCUUUUUUUGCUCAUGUGGGAACAUGAGAUCCAGAAGUUGUCAGGGAAUGAGAACUUCACCAUCCCCUAUUGGGACUGGCGAGAUGCCCAGGGCUGUGACAUCUGUACAGAUGAAUUCAUGGGUGGCAGACAUCCCAGCAACCCAAACAUUCUGAGUCCAUCUUCUUUCUUCUCUUCGUGGCAGGUAAUUUGCAGCCGGUCAGAAGAGUACAACAGUCGUCAAGAACUUUGCAAUGGAACAAAUGAAGGGCCUAUUCUUCGAAACCCCGGCAACCAUGAUAAAGGGAGGACACCUCGGCUUCCAUCUUCAGCAGACGUUGAAUUCUGUUUAAGUCUGACUCAGUACGAAGCUGGAACCAUGGACAAAAUGGCUAACUUCAGCUUCAGGAAUACUUUGGAAGGCUUUGCUGAUCCAAGUACUGCAAUAUCAAAUGUAUCUCAAAGCAGUCUGCAUAACGCACUGCACAUCUACAUGAAUGGAUCCAUGUCUGAAGUACAAGGAUCAGCCAAUGACCCCAUCUUCAUCCUUCACCAUGCCUUUGUUGACAGCAUUUUUGAACAAUGGCUUAGAAGACACCGACCUCUACGUGAGGUUUAUCCUGCAGCCAAUGCCCCAAUUGGACACAACCGUGAAUCCUACAUGGUCCCCUUCAUUCCACUUUACAGGAAUGGGGAAUUCUUCAUAUCUUCAAUAGAACUGGGAUAUGACUAUGAAUAUCUAACAAAUCCAGCCGAUCCCUUCCAGAAUUUUUUCCUGCCUUAUUUGGAACAGGCACGUCAGAUCUGGCCAUGGCUGGUAGGAGCUGCUGUGGUGGGUGCCAUUAUAAUGUUGAUUGUUGGCAUCAUUGCUCUACGAUGUCGAAAGAAGAGAAAGAUCUCAGAGGAGACACAACCAUUACUCAUGGAGAGUGAGGAUUAUCAGCAUGUGACAUACCAGUCACAUGUAUAACCAUGAUCCAGUACCCAUACUUAGAGUGAAACUUGACAUGUUGUUGGGAAUCUGUGACAUAUUCUCCUGAUAUCUUUCCCAAAGCUUGGUGCUCUGUGUGUGUCAUGAAUACUCUUUAAACCAGGUUCUUUUUAUUGCAAUUUUCAGUGUGAGAGGCUAUAUUAGAACUUUUACAGAACUUUUACACUUUUACACAAAGAAGAUAUACAGAUUCUAUGUAACUAUAUUGGAUUCACAAACAACUUACAGUUACAUUGGCUCACAAACAGAGAAAGAAAGGGGUUACAUUUUUACUCAGUAUUCACACUACAUAUUCAUUCAUCCAUCAGCAUGCAUACAACACCAUUCUUCCUCCAGCUGUCAUCUGGAGAAGAACACCUCUUAGACCAGACCCUGCUUCCCUCCCAAUGCACAGAUCCAAAACUUCCAUAACACCAAAACUUCUUUCCCUAAGAACUUGCCAAGGACCUGAUCUCUGUUUUCCAUACAGCAGAAACUGACUCCCUGCAAACAUAUCAUGACUCUAAAACACACUCCUUCCUCUUCCCUUGAGAAAAGGAGGCCCGAAUUGUACAUAAUCCUGCUUCCCUAUAGC